CACAGCUUGUUCAUUAUUUAGAUCACCAAAGGACAGCUAUUCAGUUCUCUGUUCUCGACUUUGGGAGAGCCCACACGAACACAGCAGCCAUGACCAAGCUGAUUCUAAUAGCAGGUCUCUGUCUUUCCUUGGGCAGUUUGGCCUCGUCCACCAGACUUGUGUGUUAUUUCACUAACUGGUCGCAAUACAGACCUGGCAGUGGGAAGUUUCUACCUUCAAAUAUUGAUCCCAACCUUUGUACCCACUUGAUCUAUGCCUUUUCUGGUAUUAAUGAGGCAAAAGAGUUGGCUACCAUAGAAUGGAAUGAUGAGCAGCUCUACAACGCCUUUAACGGACUCAAACAGAGGAAUCCAAAUCUUAAAACACUGCUGGGAGUCGGAGGGUGGAACUUUGGAACACAAAAAUUCACUACAAUGGUGUCCACACAAGCCAACAGAAAUACAUUUAUUCAGUCCUCUAUCAAGCUACUGAGAAAACAUGGUUUUGAUGGACUAGACCUGGACUGGGAUUACCCUGCAGCAAGAGGAAGCCCUGAGGGGGACAAGCAGAGAUUCACUUUGUUAUGCAAGGAACUCCUGGAAGCCUAUGUGGCUGAAGGAGCAGCGACUGGGAGGCCAAGGUUAAUGAUCACUGCUGCUGUGUCCGCUGGCAAAGGAACCAUCGAUGCUGGUUAUGAAAUCGCAGAGAUGGCCAAGUAUCUCGAUUUCAUAAACGUGAUGACGUAUGACUUUCACGGCACCUGGGAGACAGUCACCGGACACAGCAGCCCUUUAUACAAAGGCGCCCAAGACACCGGCGACAGUAUUUACUUCAACACUGACUUUGCCAUGAGAUACUGGCGAGACAAGGGAACACCUGUGGAAAAGCUAAAUAUGGGCUUUGCUACAUAUGGACGAACUUUUAAACUGUCCACUCAGUCCAGUCAGGUUGGAGCACCUGCCAGUGGUCCCGCUAGUGCUGGUGUUUUUACAAGGGAGGCCGGCUUCUGGUCCUACUAUGAGAUUUGCACUUUUCUACAAGGUGCCAGUGUUCGGAUGAUAGAGGAUCAGAAAGUUCCAUAUGCCUCCAAAUUAAACGAGUGGGUCGGAUACGACAACAAAGACAGUUUUAGUACUAAGGUCAGUUACCUUAAAGACAACAGAUUCGGAGGAGCCUUCGUCUGGGCUCUCGACCUGGAUGACUUUAGUGGACAGUUCUGUGGUCAGGGAAACUACACCCUCGUCAGACAUCUUCACUCUCUUUUGGUUUCAGAGCUUCCUCCACUGCCCCCUACGAACACCACUCCAAAGACAGUGAAUCACACCACAUCUCAUCCGGGACCCACGCUCAUUGUACCGUCCAAAACCACUGACAGCAACUUCUGUGCUACAAAGGCUAGUGGGAUCUACGCUAAACCCGACGACCCAGGUUCCUUUUACAAUUGUGCCAACGGUAUCACGUGGGUCCAAAACUGUCCGGCUACGUUAGUCUUUCGGGACAGCUGCAAAUGCUGUGCAUGGCCUUAACGACUCUAAUUAAAAGUUUGUGUUUAGUUUAUUUUAUCUUGAAUUUGCUGUUUCUCAUCUUUUAUCAUUGACACAGCUUAUUAAACAUCAUCUUAUACAAUAAAAAGAAAGAGUAAACACAGA